GUCUGCUCCUCACUCACUCGUCGCACUACAUCCUGCUCAUUGUCGCCAUAAGCAAAGUCACAUCCAGGUGCCUCUGCAAGCCGCAACAAUGCGCACAUCAUUAACGGCUCUGUUGGCUCUCUCAUCGCCGCUUGUAGCCAAUGCCCUCAAUGUGUUCGACUGGUUAUACCCAAAUUCUGGUUCUGCUACCGUCUCCAAUGAAGUCGUACCUCACAGAAUUGCAGUCAUCGGUGCAGGUGCAGGCGGCUCAUCCGCAGCAUUUUGGCUAUCAAAGGCAAAAACCCGCGCUGGAGUCUCGGUAGAAGUCGACGUCUUCGAACGUGCCGCAUACGUGGGCGGCCGUAGUACGACCGUCUUUCCUUAUGACGACAGAACACUCGAUCCAGUCGAACUCGGCGCGUCCAUUUUCGUCACUGCAAACAAAAAUCUCUGGCGCGCGUCACAGGAGUUUAACCUUACUAAGUUGGUUCUUGACGACGAUGGCGUAACUGGCUUCUGGGAUGGGGAGAAAUUCGUAUUCACCAUGAAAGAGAGCAAGGGUAUCCUUGGAUGGAUAGAUACAAUCAAGGCACUAUGGCGCUACGGCUACAGGUCUCCGGCGAGAGCGCAAGCCCUAGUACAAGAGAUGAUUGACAAAUUCGUAACCUUGUACACACCCUCCAGUCCCUCGUGGUCAAACAUCUCUGAGCUUGCUUCCGACCUGGGCUGGGUAGAUCUCGUAACUCAAACCGCGGCACAGUACCUUGACGCUCAGGGCGUUUCCCAGCUCUUUUCGAGAGAAAUCAUCGAGGCGGCGUCGCGUGUUAAUUACGGCCAGAACCUUGACGAAUUACACGCGCUGGAGGGAGCCGUCUCAAUGGCGGCGUCUGGAGCCUCAAGCGUGAAGGGCGGCAAUUUCCAGAUCUUCGAGCAUUUCUUGGGACAUUCGGGAGCACACGUGUACCUGAAUACCUCUGUCAUCUCCGUUACGGAGAAACAACAUCAAUGGAUAUUGAAAACUUCCACUGGUGAAUCCAAAAACUACAAUGACGUGAUCAUCGCUGCCCCAUAUCACACUUCUGGAAUUAAUGUCGCACUCUCAACUGGCCUCCUUGCGCCCGCCUCAGCCCCGGAAGUCCCGCCACAACCAUACGUGCAUCUGCACGUCACCCUCCUCACCACGACCGCAUUGCAUCCGGACCCAGCAUACUUUGGGCUGAAACCCGGCUCGAAGGUCCCGCAGACGAUCCUGACGACCUAUGAGGGUGCUCGUCGCGGAGGACGGGUUCCUGAAUUUAAUUCGCUGUCAUAUCACGGAAAAGUUUCUUCUGAUCGGGAGGAGUACGUCGUGAAGAUCUUCUCAAAUGAGACGCUGUCCGAUGAGUGGCUCAAAACCGUGUUCGGCGGUAAGGUUGGGUGGGUUCUCCGUAAAGAGUGGGAUGCAUACCCUCGCUUGCCUCCUACCGAUUCAUUCCCUCCUGUAGUCCUGGCUCCUGGCCUUUACUACGUUAAUGCCUUUGAACCGUUCAUCUCCACAAUGGAGACAGAGACGAUUUCUUCGCGUAACGUCGUGGAUCAGCUCUUCCGAUCACGCUUCGGAGUGGACAUCUGUGGAAAGGCAAUUCCGGUGCGAGCGGAGCAGCCAGAACCAAUUGCGGUUCUGGAAGGCGAGGUGGAGCAAUUAGUCCUGUCGGACGUCGUGGAAGAAUCCGCAAAGGCCGCGCCCAAACCAGAGAAGGUAAAGGAGGACUUUGUGCUUGGCUGGGACUGCGCAUGAUCAAAUGCCCUUUCCAAAAUAUUGAAUGGACGCUUGGUAGGUAUACACAAAAAAGGAACUAUAAUCAUGAGGUCAUGGGCUUUGGAUAGUAUGCUUUGCAUGUUGCUAAUCUUGGACUCUUGGGGACCAUAAUAGAAUGCAUUGGAUUCUUCUGUGAUGAGGGAUGCGAGUAUGUUAAGUUAAGAGCACUAGACGACAAAGCGUUAAACUAAACAAGACGAAGAAAGAGCAGCUAUCGCGCACGACACACAACCUCUCCAUCCAAACCCAAUCUAAGCGCUUCCCUCGCCUCUAACCACUCAUGUUCCUUACUCGAAGUCCGAACAACAGCAACCUCACCCAUCCCAAGCGGCUUCACCUGCUUCGCGCGUCUCCCCGAACAUAUUCUCCGAAUCUCACCAAUAUCCAUGAACACACGCUUACUCGGCAGACUAAUGAGCUGCAUAGCUGUCAACACAGGUCUAUCAUCACGGUACUUGAGGACCGCCCAGAUACGUCGUUGGGCUUCGCUUUCUGUGAGGAGGAAGGCGUCUGGAUCGGGUCCAGCGGGCGUGCCACGCGUAAGGUUGGAGAGAAACCCGGCACGUAGGAGGAUAGAGAGGAUCCCGAGGUUUUGUUUUGUGUGGUCUACGCAGACGCGAAGGUGUCGUCCGCGAAAGGCGUUUUGGACGCGUGCGCAGAGGUCGUGGGGGAGUGGCAUAUCUACGAAGCAGGGCAAAGAAGGACAUCGGAGGAAUUAGCCCAAUAUCAGAGUAAUGUUAUUGAUAUAGGUACUUACAGCCU